CCACAUAUUGGGAAUAUACAUAGGUAAUCAAGAGUUUUUGUGUUUUCAUAACUUUAUUCGUUGCAAAAAACUAUUGAAUAAAAGAUAUAUUUUUGGAAUUGUGAAUAAGGGAAUUUAAAUGUGUUAUUUUUAGUGUUUAAUAAUUUAAUAAAACAACAUACAUAAUUCAGCUUUUCUUUAAUAAAGUUAUACUAUUAUGUUUUCCUUAAACUGAGAUUGACUGCAUGUGAACUUAAAAACAAUCGUUAUUAAAAGUUUAUAGGAAAAAUAAAAGUUUAGUUUCUUCAUUUAAAUGGUUCAGUUCGGUCUCAAACUAGUUCUGUUAUUGGUGGGUUUUAUAAAUGUUUCUGUUCAAAAUGAACUUCUGGUCCAGACGAAAUUAGGAAAAAUAAAAGGAUCCUUUUUAAGAACCGUAAAUGACAACGAAAUCAAAAGUUUUCGAGGGAUUCGAUAUGCUCAGGCACCUGUAGGUGAUAAACGGUUUAAGGCACCAAUAAAAGUUUCGCCUUGGGGUGAAAAAGUAUUUGAUGCUUCAAAAGAUGGAUUUCAAUGUCCUCAACCGUUUAUUGCCAAAGAACUUAUAUCUGAAGAUUGUUUGCACUUAAGUGUAUAUACAAAAAACUUACAUGGAAAUUUACCAGUUAUUGUAUACAUUCAUGGUGGAGCUAAUUAUCUUGGCAGCAGUAAUAGUGAAAGUGAUGUUGGACCGGAUUAUCUUUUGGACCAUGAUAUUGUAUUGGUGAGUCUUAACUACAGGUUGGGAGCAUUGGGAUUUCUUAGUACUAAGACUGCAGAAGCUCCUGGAAAUUAUGGAUUUCUUGACCAAGUUAUGGCUUUACAAUGGGUUCAGGAUCAUAUUUCAAGUUUUGGAGGAAAUCCACGAUUGGUAACAAUCGCUGGCCAGAGUUCAGGCGGAACAGCUGUCACUUUGCACAUGGUUUCACCACUUUCGAAAGGACUCUUUCAUAGAGCCAUUACAAUGAGUGGAUCGUACACAAAUCAUUAUCAUUUGAACAGCUUGAUGUGGACUAGAAAAAUUGCUUCAGAACUAGCCUGUCCUCUUUACAAUCCCAAAGAUGUUAUUAAUUGUUUGAGGAAUGUAACGUGGGAAAGGUUGACUCAGGUGCGUGGAACAUUAGAACUUUAUGGAUUUAGCGACGAACAAUGGAACUAUGAGGUAGAUGGACAUUUCCUUCUUGAUACUCCUACAAAUCUCUUUGCUAGGGGAGAUUUCCACAAAGUUCCUAUUAUGGCUGGCAUUACGAAAGAUGAAUUAAACUACUUCUUCUCCAAACAAGAAAAUAAUACUGGACUUUUAAAUGAUAUUAGUUUGAAUUUCGAUAAAUAUGCUCCCCAACUUUUUAUAUUUGAUCCAAACGAUAGGGCACAUGACAAAAGUAGAAGAAUCCAACAAUUUUAUUUGGGAAAUAAGAAAAUCCAGAAUCAGGAUUUUAUUAAUUUUAGUAAGAUAUUUUCGGAUGCAAUCAUUAAUAAUGGUGUUCACAGACUUGUAGAAUUGGCCAGAAAAUACGUAGAUGUUUUUUACUACCGUUUUGACUAUCUCGGAAGAUAUAGCUUGUUUUCUGAUGAAGAAGGAAAGCCAAGAGGUGUUGGCCAUGCAGACGAUUUGCAAUAUAUUUUAGGCACUAAAUGGUUUGAAAAGAAAAUUGAACUUCAUGAUCCUGAAAUGUUUAUGGUAGAAAGAAUCACAAAAUGGUGGGCAAGUUUUGCCCAAAAUGGAUUUUUUUUCAGCAUUCCUUGCAAGAAUUCUGGAAUAAACUGGUUGGCUUCAAAUAAAACAAAUAUUUACGCAAUAUACAAUAACAAAGACGUCACCCUUGGAGGCAAGCCAUUUUCUGAUAGGAACAGGUUUUGGGAUGAAUUGCUUCCAAUACAGAAACAGCCGUGUUAAGUUCUAGUCUUAGUAAACUAUACAGAAGUAUCUGGCGAAGAGUGGAUAAUUCUGAAACCACUUAUAGUAUACUCUAUGAUUGCUCUGCAACCGGAAAUAAAAAGAGCUUAUUUCAAGUA